AUGGGACCUGUGCGCCGAAGUAAGAAGGCUCCACCAGAUGGCUGGGAAAUGAUUGAACCUACAAUUGAUGAACUUAAUCGGAAGAUGCGAGAGGCUGAAACUGACCCUCAUGAGGGCAAGCGUAAGGUUGAAGCAGAAUGGCCAAUAUUCCGUAUACAUCACAAACGGUCUCGAUAUAUCUAUGACCUAUACUUUAAGCGGAAGGUAAUAUCCAAGGAACUUUAUAAUUACUGCAUUAAAGAAAAGAUUGCAGAUGCUAACUUGAUAGCAAAGUGGAAGAAACAAGGAUAUGAGAAUCUAUGUUGCCUGCGGUGUAUUCAACCUCGAGAUACUAACUUUGGUACCAAUUGCGUUUGUCGUGUUCCCAAAUCAAAGUUGGAGGAGGGAAAGGUCGUUGAAUGUCAGAACUGUGGAUGUCGCGGAUGUUCGGGCUAA